CCUCCUCCUCCUCCUCUGAUUCCACUUCCUUUGCCUACGACAAUUGCCUACAAUAUGGAGCCAUACACACCUCACGGCAGGUCGGGUGUACGCAAAAAGAACCUGACUCUGUCAACCAAGGAAUAUAACAAGGUGACAGGAACGAUCGCGUCCGUCAGAAGAACCCGCCAAUAUCUCGAGGAUGGCGCUGUUGAACCAUCGAACGACUUUGUGCCGUCACUGCGCGGGAGUCUUGGUCGGGAUACCGAACCGUCCUUCAUUGCCGAGACAUCGUUCGUCCGCGCACCACUAAAUUCACGCGUCGUCUCCGGCUCUUCUGGUCCGCGCGAUAGACACAAAGGAAAGGGCAGAGCCAAGGACAGUCUGGACGGCGUUCCUGUGGAAACCCAGGAGGCUCUCAUUCUCGAAGAUAUCUUAUUUGUGUUGAUGGGCAUCGAGGGCACUCAUAUAGUCUAUCAUCCGGACUACUCGGCGGAGGAUGAUGACCCUUUACAAGGCGUGCGAUAUGUGGUGUCGCCUUCGCUCGAUGCUUCUCUACGAGACCUCGUGGAGCGCAUCUUGCCGCUGGCAACGUAUUACACUGCCAUCACCGCGUUUAUUGAACAGAGAAGUCAUCUGGACUUCGGUCUUGUGAAUCACGCCUUGUGCGCUGCCAUGCGCGAUAUGCUGAAGGACUACCAAGUGCUGCUAUCCCAACUCGAGCACGCCUUCGCCACAUCUCCUCAGUUCACGCUGCAAAAGCUCUGGUUCUACGUCCACCCUACCUUGCAUACGCUAUCUUUGCUUUAUCUUUUGAUAACCGAGCUUGCCACGGCCGACGACCCGUCGGCGACGUUGAGCGACUCCGAGUCUGCUAGCUCUGACGCUGAGGAAGAUGCGCGCAACGAAGCUCUCGGACUGGGAGGUGCGAACCUGAAGGCGGUGCUCUCGGAGAUCAACAAGGGCUCGAGGCUGGGCAUGGACGGCGGCGCGAGUGGGAUACCAGUGAAGGGUGGCGAGGUGCUCGCGAUUCUGCACGAGCGAAUGCAGAAUAUGUCCGGCGAUCCCGCCGCCCGUGCGUUGUACGGGGUGCUGAUGCGCGCGGCAGGCAAGCCAUACGUCGAGAUGGUGCAGUUGUGGAUUCGGACCGGCCGGCUGGUCGAUCCAUACGAAGAGCUGUGCAUCAAGGAAAGCAAAUUCAUCGAUCGCGGGACACUCGAUGUGGACUACACGGACGAAUACUGGGAGCGACGAUAUACUCUGCGAGAUGGAACGGUGCCCGGUGGUUCGUCCAAACGCCAUCAGACUGGCGUACCUCCGCCCAGGACUGUGGGUGGUCACCUGCCUGGAGGUGCCUGCGUGCCGCCGAUGCUUGAACGCUGGAAAUCCAAGAUGUUGCUUGCUGGGAAGUAUCUGAAUGUCAUUCAAGAAUGCGGAAUCGAGAUACGUCGUGCUGCAGCGGAUGAAGGGGAAGAGGAUCUGUCUCUUCAGGAUGAUAAAUUUUUCAAGUCCAUCGACGAUGCUUACGCACACGCAAACAAGACUCUCCUUGAGCUUUUACUGCGGGAUCAGCAACUCAUACCACGCUUGCGGUCGUUGAAGCGUUUCUUCUUCCUCUCACAGUCCUCAUUCCUCACCCACCUCCUUGAUCUCUCGCACUCCGAACUCCGCAAGUCGGCCAAGUCGGCGUCUCUGGUGAAGCUGCAGAGCCUACUCGACCUUGCGCUGAAUACGGACAUCCAGGGCGAGGACGCUAUGUUCCGAGAGGACCUGCGCGUCACGAUGGCAAGCAGCGGCCUGUACGAGUGGCUGCUGAAGGUCGUGAGUGUGAGCGGUGUGCUGGGAGGCGAAGAGGGCGAAACCGCAGAUGGACACGUGCACGAGGAGACCAAGAAGGAACGAGAGAAAGAAAAGGAUGACAAGAAGCAGAUUCUCGCCAUCGACGCGUUGACACUUGACUACACCGUCAAAUUUCCGCUUUCACUCGUGAUAUCGCGCAAGACAAUUUUGCGCUAUCAGUUGAUCUUCCGCUUCCUCCUGCAUCUUAAGCACGUCGAGCAAUCCUUGUCGUCUAUGUGGAUUGAACACAAGACAACUCCUUGGCGAGCACCCACCCAUCCUCCCGGUGCCGCUGCACCGUCGCCAGCCGAUUGGCAGACUGACUUUCAGAACUGGCGCAAGCGUGUCUUCCUGCUGCGUGCGAGGAUGCUCGCAUUUGUGCAGCAGAUCCUUGCGUUCGCCACGUUUGAAGUAUUGGAACCAAAUUGGCGCAAGCUUGAGGGCAAACUGGAAGCCGGAAAGGUCGAGACGGUCGAUCAACUUCUGCGGGACCACGUGGACUUCCUCGAUACGUGCCUGAAGGAGUGUAUGCUCACUAGUUCGAAGCUGCUCAAGGCAUACUCGAAGUUGAUAGUUACAUGCUCGACCUUCGCCCUCUACACCUCUUCGUUCACGAAGUCAGCUAGUCAAGCUUUGGCUCUCGCGGCCGCCGAUGCCGCGGACGGAGACAAGGCCAUGGCGAAGAGGUGGGACUUUCUGAGUAAGUUUGAGACAAAUUUCAAUCACUGGUUCAAGGUUCAUCUUGACUGUGUUCAGUUCUACGCGUCUAGCGAGAACGUUUCACUGCUGCCUCUUGUUGUCCGCCUCAACACUAUCAAGUCAACAUCGUAGCACGUAGGUUAGAUACAAGGACUCCGCUACUUUUGUCCACCUUCUGGAGGCUCGACUUCGACUCGACGACCGUCUUCAAAUUGCAACGUAGCCGCAUGCCACAACAUGAGGCUGCAUAUGGGCACAGUAUAUGCCGGAGAUGACCGGUCACUGCUUACGGUCGCGAUAAGUCCAACGCUUGUUUGCCAAGCUCUCAUUGGCUUGGUCUUGGAAGACCUAUUGACCAAGAUGCACUCAACGCUGGCUCUAGAUCUGUCGCCCGACUCGAGACGUGGCGACGCGUGCAGGUUUGCCACCACAUGCGUAUCGACAUCGGAUAUGUAUGUUACGUCGAUGCUUCAGGCUAUUCGUACAGUUAUUUUUCGAUGUAUAUGGG